GCAUGCGCGGUAGAUCGUGGUGUGUGAAACCGGGCGCUGCGCUGACAGGGCCGCAGCCAUCCUCGGCUAGAGUGGGGCUUCGACCGGGAUUUUCCGCUUCUGCAGCCCGCGUGCGUCCCGGUCUUUCUCUGCGCUGUAGCAGCUGCCGCCAGCAUGUUCCUCACUCGCUCCGAGUAUGACAGGGGAGUGAAUACGUUUUCUCCAGAGGGAAGAUUAUUCCAAGUGGAGUAUGCCAUUGAAGCGAUAAAGCUUGGUUCCACAGCAAUUGGAAUUCAGACAUCAGAAGGGGUUUGCUUGGCUGUGGAGAAGAGGAUCACCUCCCCACUUAUGGAACCCAGCAGUAUUGAGAAAAUUGUAGAAAUAGAUUCUCAUAUAGGUUGUGCAAUGAGUGGUUUAAUAGCUGAUGCAAAGACAUUAAUUGACAAAGCAAGAGUUGAGACACAGAAUCACUGGUUUACAUACAAUGAAAUCAUGACUGUAGAGAGUGUGACACAGGCAGUGUCCAAUUUAGCAUUACAGUUUGGAGAAGAAGAUGCUGAUCCAGGUGCUAUGUCAAGGCCGUUUGGUGUGGCACUACUCUUUGGUGGAGUUGAUGAAAAGGGACCUCAGCUGUUUCACAUGGACCCUUCUGGGACAUUUGUACAAUGUGAUGCAAGAGCAAUUGGAUCAGCUUCGGAAGGUGCACAAAGCUCCUUGCAGGAAGUUUAUCACAAGUCAAUGACUCUGAAAGAAGCAAUCAAGUCAUCACUUAUCAUUCUAAAACAAGUUAUGGAAGAAAAACUGAAUGCAACUAACAUUGAGCUUGCAACAGUGGAGCCUGGAAUGAAGUUCCAUAUGUACACGAAAGAAGAACUUGAAGAUGUCAUCAAGGAUAUUUGAUGAGGGGGAGAACUCUCCGACUGCCUCAUUCCCUAAUCACAGCAAACUGACUCUUCAGUUUUUUUCCAGUGCCCAUAACUUUAUUUCAGCAGAACGUAUGCCUGCUCUUAAACUGGCUCAAAAGGUUUUUUUUACAGUUUCUGUACAUAAAAAAGAUCUUCAGUAAGAGGAAACUAGAAUAAAUCAUUUUGUUACUCUUA